AGUUUACCAAACAUGUUCUAGCUAAAUUUUUUCCCCAUUCAGAUUCAAUAGGAAAGCUUAUUUACUUACAACAGCUAUAACAACUCUUACCUAGGGUCUGUUUUGACAAACUGAAUAACUUUGUGAAUAAUGUAAAAGCCACUUCCCGGUCAUUUCUAGGUAAAAUAAUGAAACUGGAAAAUAUUACCAGGAAAAGCAGACAUUAGCUAGAACCGUACACAUAGAUACAAUUGAAAGGAGGUCGGGGAGAGAGAAAUAGGGAUGGAGUGUUUUUGUCUUCAAUAAACUAUUCGUUUCAAGAGGUCCAUGUUCUCUGUUCCCUGAGCAGACUCAAAUGAACUUCAACUUGUUUAAACAGAAAAUUUGGAGUUUCUCUCCUUCUGUUAUGCAAUAUGCGGAAAAUAUAAGACAAGGUUAUGACACUUAAUGGAGACUCUUCAGUCAUUCUCCGUAGGCUCUUGCUGACGUUUUAGAAGCUUGGUCCCAUAGUACUUGCAGACAAGGCACCGUAACACCAAUAAUUGUUCAACAACGCUAUAAGUACCAUCUGCCUUUGCUUAUCCUCUUCCGUUACACCUUUAAUAGUGCCAUAACAAUUGUAGGCUAUCCUUUCACGUCUGUUUCAUUAUUGUACUCAAUUAAGUUAGUAGGAAGAAAAAUCUAAAUUUUUGGUUGGAAUGUUUCAUUUGAUUGUGUAAUUGGAUAUUUUUUUAGUGUACAAAUUGGAAAAUUCAUGAUCACAGCUAUUAGAAGAACAAGUCAUGAAUCCAACUUGUUCCAUGCCAGUUCCUAUAUGGAGUUUUCUCUUCUUGUUUGGGUAUCAUGAUUCCGGUACACACACUACAUACCAUAUGUUCGAUAUAAAGGUAUUCAUGAGUCUCACUUAAUUUGUUUAAGUUUUUAGGAAGGUUGACCUUCAAAAUGUUAUUAGAGGAGCCUCUAUAUCAAAGUAGUCAAGAGUUUGAUUCUUGUUGCCCUUGUUAUUCUAGAUAAAAGUUAAAUUUCAGAACAAGGUAAAAUGGGCUUGAAAAGAUUUUAUACUUAACAUCUUAAGUAUUUAAGAGAGUUGAUCUUUGAAACUAUACAUCUCCUUUGAUGGAUUUGGCUCCCCUAAGGUAACGGGUGCUCUUUAGACAAUCAAAUGAAUAGAUUUUAAUAAUAUUUUAGACAUAACUUGGGAUGUAUUAGUCCAAUUGAUGUGAUCUUGAUCUCGUUGGAAAGACAAAAGAGAGAUCUACAACCUUUAUGAAGAACACGGGAUCCAAAUCCAUCAAUUUGGAUACUAAAAAUUGACUGACAAAUAGAUUUAGGAAGAUUUUUACUAAAUCGUUGCUUCUCAUUUAUCGCUUUAAGUCUUUCUAGCUUGCCUAUUGCUUCAAUGCUUUUAUUUAACAAUUUAAACCUGAAACCAAUAUAUUUUUAAGCUAGAAUCAUAUCAAACAUAAAAACUCCAAAGUUUUUUGCAUUAGAUAAUAUAUACUAUGCCUUUGACCAUAUUUAUUAUUAUUUAGCAUACUUUUGGUCUUAAUCAUGCCUAACAAGCGAUGAACGGUAAUUAUACUUAUUUAUUGUGUAUUUUGUGAUUGCAAAAAGUAUGACUGAUGAUCAAAUAUUGCUACAUCCAAACUUCAUUCCGAGACGUCAUCCAGCAUAACAGCCCUUGAUACCGGGAAUAAUAAAUUUCAGCACCAGAAUUGGAUCACCCUUAAUCAUGUGUGAUUAGGCACAAGAUGUGUGAUUAGGCCCAAUUUCUUGUGGUCUUAUCACUGUCAGUACCCUUUAAUAGAUACGAAGGGAGUCUCUAUUUUUGCGUAGUUUUGUUUUGUUUUAAGAUUUUGGAAAAUACAGCUGUUUUCCAUUUUGAAAGAUUUUUCAUGAUAUAUUUCAAUGGUUUCUGAAAGAAUCACUAAGCUGAACACUUCGCUAGUAUUAUGUUUAUGUUAUUCUUCGGUGCAUCUGGUUGGAAUGGAAGGCAUACAUUUUUAGGUGCUUUUAUUUGUCUUUAUAUAUGUUAUGUUGUGUGAUUAUGUUUGUUAUUUCUCUGUUUAGGAGGUAUCUUUUCUCAUCCUGUGAUUUUUCUCUGUACUGUACAAUGUGCCUAAUCUACUUUGUGAUCAUGGAAUGUGAGAAUUCAAUUUGUUAUGCUGAUAUUCUAUAGAAAACAAUUGGAAGCACCUUACGGUAUAGUUUAUCGCUUCUCUUAGAAGAAAUGAGACAUGUAGCUAUUCACCGAAGUGAAGCAAGUUGGUAUUAUUAUUGUUGAAGUGAGAUAUGGCAUGGUGAGACCAACACUCAGAAGAGUCCAUUUAAAGCGGGUAAUAAAUCGGUAACAAACGUAGUUUGCCAAAACAGGGAAAAGUCUAAAAUAUUUAUUUUGUAGACUAAAGUCCAAAAUAUUUUAAAGGCCCUAGGCUGUCCCCAACUAUUUAUAACGCUCAUGAGGCCAUCCAGGACAACCAGGACUUUCUUCUGAUAGCUAUCUGCCUCUACAUUGUGUGUACUUUGUCCCUCAGAAUUGUAGGAAAAAAUCCUUAUGAUUCCACCAACCUAUCACCUCCCUUUCAUAUAGAUGACGGAUCGAUCCUCUUUAAAAAGAAAGAAGCAAAAGACGGAAUGGAAAUAGAUAAGGCCAGUAAGCUUGAAGAAGAGCCUCCUCUCUCUGGUGCUUACAUCCGUAGCCUAGUGAAACAACUAACCACCUCUGGAACAAAAAACUUGAUGAACCCAAAAGACCAAGACUGUGUUGUGAAUGGUGAUGUUUCCCAUGGUCAAAAUUUAACAAAACGUGGUAAAGUUGUAAAUGUUCGUCAGGCACAACAAUCCACACAACCCCAACAACAUAAAAAACAAGUUAGGAGAAGACUCCAUACUAGUAGGCCGUAUCAAGAAAGGCUUCUGAAUAUGGCAGAGGCUAGGAGGGAGAUUGUCACUGCCUUGAAAGUUCACAGGGCAGCUAUGAAACAAGCCAGUGAACAGCAGCAGCAACAUCAACAAGCCCAAGAACAGCAGCUAAGGCCGUCAGUAUCCCUCCAGUCUUCCCAGCACCCAAGUUUUGAGCAAGAUGGAAGAUUGAAGUCUAGGAGAAAUCCCAGAAUUUAUCCAUCAUGCACAACCAAUUUUCCAAGUUACAUGGAUGAUUUAUCCAAUUCAUACAUAGUCCAUCCUCCUCCUUCGGUUCCAAAUUCUUACACCUGGCCUGAUGCUUCUUCCUCAAUUACUCCACCGCCCCUUACGGCUGAAAACCCUAAUUUCAUGCUUCCAAAUCAGACUUUGGGAUUGAACCUCAAUUUUCAUGAUUUCAACAACUUAGACGCCACCCUUCACCUUAAUAACUCAUCAUUAUCCUCAUUCUCAUCUGCAACCUCGUCUUCUCCACAGGAAGUUCCUUCGGUUGGAACAUCGCAUGGAGAGGGGUCUUCUUCACUGGUGGAUACUAUUGAAUCCAAUGCUUCAACCCAGGUUAGUGGAGGCUUACACACAGCCAUGGAUGAUGAGGGUAUGGCAGAGGUCAGGUCAUUAGGAGAGCAAUAUCAAAUGGAAUGGAAUGACAAUAUGAAUUUGGUCAAAUCAGCUUGUUGGUUCAAGUUCUUGAAAAACAUGGAACAUAGGGCACCUGAAGCCAAGAUUGAAGAUGAUGCAUACCAUAAUUUUGACCAACGUCUGGAGUUUCCAGCUUGGUUGAAUGCAAACGAGAGCAACUUCGAGCAGUGCUCGGAGGAUUAUUUCCAAGAUUCUACCUUACCUUGCAUGGAAAUUGGAGAUAUUGACGGUAUGGAUGAUGAUUGGUUAGCGUGACAAGAAGGAUUGAUUGUUUUCGUUAAAUCAAAUCCAUUGCUGCUCUCAUUUUAUUUUUGUUUCGGUAACGGGGGUUUCAGGCACUGUCAUCCCCCUUUUAGCACUACUCUUUUUGGAUAAUAAAUAAGGCUUGCAAAAUUUAAGUAGAGGCAGGCAGCAUCAAUAUGAGUGAUGAACAUUUUUGCUCCCAUUGCUCUUUUUUCCACAAUAUAUGAUGCCAAUAUUGAACAAUAUAAAUAUCUAGUGAUUCUCUUUAUUAUUUAAA